AUGGUGCAAAGGCUGGUCGAGGCAAUCAGAAAUGAUGACUCGCCUCCAAAUGUGGCCAAAACCCUUCAGAACAACAUUCAAGCCUUGCACGAGAGGGGUGAAUUGGCCAAGAAGGAUAUCAGUGAGACUGAUAUGAUCACAUUGGUCUUGAAAUGUCUCUCGUGCCCACGUCCCCGGACCCGAACGGACAGUACGGCUUCCACAGCACAGUAUGACUUUCUUGGGGAGCCUUCCAGCUCGCACUCAGAGUGGUCUUCUGCAUCUCCGGCUACUCACGAGGACUUCUUCUUCGAUGAGGCAUUCCCCCUCCAACUCCAAAGCAGUAAUUGUGACAUGGCACAAUACUCCACGGAUUCAGCACAUUCUUCUACAGAUAUUGACUCGAUAUUCACAUCAAGUACGUUUGAGUCACAAUUUUCUUUCUCCCCGACAAGCUUAGCCAGCAACACUUCUCCGCCGACAAGCAAUUCUCCCAAAACUUCGAAUUUUGAAAUGCCAGCAUUAUCGUACGAAAAACCGAAUGAAAAGCUUCGCUUCUCAGAAACAAACACGAUGCAAAUCAACGGCACCAGGGGGCAUCGGUCAUUCAUGCGAGGCUCGGAUUGCUCAUUGCGAGCAUUCACAUUGCCCUUGAUAUGUCCUGGUGAUCCGAUCAACGAAAUGGUUAUAAGCUUCCGAGAUGGAGCUCGCGAUCUGCUCAAGUCUGGUGUUUCUUUGGAGUCAGUCAUGGGAUCUGGCCUCACUGAUGUGGAGUUGCUGUUCCGACUGAGGCAACCAGAUGAUGAAUGGAAUGUACCCGGCUGGGCAUGUGAGAUGACGUGGGGUCUCCAAGAUGUUGAUUGGCACGUUCAAUUAGCUGAGGUCUUCAUGAGAGUUCGAUUCAUGAGAUGGUUAAUCCUUCCAAACGAGGAUACCUUUGCUGGCAUCCCGGGUAUCCUGCGACCAACCACAGCACAAAUGCGUUUUCCUCAUUCAGUGGCGAUAGAUUUCCUCCCCAUACCAACGGUUCGGAAUGUCCUGGUCAGGAGGCCACAGGACUGGCACACACCCCUGAUCAGAUCCAAGUACAGCUGCAAUUGGAACGAUGCGCUCGGUCCGGCGAUCGUUACUGAUCCUGUCACCGGACGACGACAUCUAAGCGAACAAUUCGAAAAACAUAUUUGUGUUUAUCAAAACUGGAGUGCUGGCAAAAGCAUCUUGGAGACUUGGCCAGAGUUGUCGGGAGAAAUGAGAUUGGACAAAGCUGCCUAG